UGCCUCAGGGCGGGCCGGGCCGGCCGGUCCCGUGACCGCGGGAGCUGAGGGAGCGAUGGGGCUGCUCCGGGCUGUGACCGCGCUGUCCGUGCUGCUGCUGGCUGCAGGUGUAGUUCUGAGGCAGCCCCAAGAGCCCAAAGAGGUGUGGGGAUAUGUGGAGGUUCGGAGCAAGGCCCACAUGUUCUGGUGGCUCUACUAUGCAAAUAACCCAACCAAAGACUUCACAGAGUUACCUCUUGUCUUAUGGCUUCAGGGAGGUCCAGGAUCUUCAGGCUGUGGAUAUGGGAACUUCGAAGAGAUUGGUCCGUUAGACAAAGAAAUGAAACCAAGAAAUACAACCUGGUUGCAGGCAGCCAGUAUCUUGUUUGUGGAUAAUCCUGUGGGCACUGGAUUCAGUUAUGUGGAUGAUUGUAGCUUAUUUGCCCAAAACCUUACCACAGUAGUUUCUGAUAUGAUGGUUUUUCUUGGAGAAUUCUUCAAGCGUAGAACAGAAUUCCAGACCAUCCCAUUCUACAUAUUUUCGGAAUCUUAUGGAGGUAAAAUGGCUGCUGGGGUUGCUUUAGAGCUGCACAAGGCUGUUCAAAAAGGGACCAUAAAGUGCAAUUUUAUGGGGACUGCUCUUGGAGACUCAUGGAUUUCUCCUUUGGACUCUGUGCUGUCCUGGGGACCCUAUCUUUACAGCACUUCUCUCCUUGAUGAUAAUGGUCUAGCAGAGGUGACUGCUGUUGCCAAAGAAAUAAUGGAUGCAAUAAAUAAAAAUCAAUAUGGGCUGGCUACUGAGCUCUGGGGCAAGGCUGAAGGUAUCAUUGAAGAGAACACAGACAAUGUGAACUUUUAUAACAUCUUGACUAAGGAGGUUCCAGAAGUGAAAUCAGAUGAACAGGAAAAUUUCCAUCUCAUGCGGCUUUACCAGCGCCAUGUCAGAAAAAUGCAUCAGAGCAGCCUUGAUGAGCUGAUGAAUGGGCCCAUCAGAAAGAAGCUGAUGAUCAUUCCUGACUGUGUGAAGUGGGGAGGUCAGUCCAGACAGGUCUUUGAGAACAUGGCUGAGGACUUCAUGAAACCUGUCAUCGAUAUCGUUGAUCAGCUUUUGGCAGCCAAUAUCAGUGUUACAGUCUAUAAUGGGCAGCUGGACCUCAUUGUUGACACCAUGGGCCAGGAGGCAUGGAUCCGGAAACUGAAGUGGCCUGAUUUGGAGCAGUUCAGCCAGAAAAGGUGGAAGGCACUGUAUGUGUCUCCAGAAUCUACUGAGACAGCUGCUUUCCACAAGGCCUAUAAGAACUUUGCUUUCUUCUGGAUUCUCAAGGCUGGGCACAUGGUACCAGCUGACCAAGGAGAGAUGGCACUCAAAAUGCUCAGGAUGGUGACUCAGCAGCAGCACUAGGGAAGGGAGGACAUCUGGUCUGACUUCCUGUCCAGCAGCAGGGCUCUGGAGGAGUGUGAAUCUGGAUCCUAAGCCAAAGGAGGCACAGUGGCUGUUUGGGCACACAGCCUCCCUCAUCUUGCUGCUACUGUGCACAAGUGCUUGUGGAAAGGUGUUUUUUUCCUUGAAUGAGUUAUUGCUUUUGGAUUUUUUAAGCUGUGAUUUGCUGCCUUAACACUGUUCAUAAAUGACUCUUCCAGAGGGAAGUCCCCUGUCAUAAAGAACAAGCCUUGAACCUUUGCCUUGGAAGGAUUUUGUGCUCUUGCCCUUCCCUGAAUGCUCCUUUAUCUGUUUGCACACCAAGAGUAAAACUGAUUUGACUUCAUUUGCUCUGUGUUCCUCUGGGAGAGUUGAUCUGCUUCAUGAGGCUGUGGAAUGUUCCUUCCUUUGUCCUCAGGCUUGAGUCACCUGGCUGGAUUCAAGAUGAAGACAGAGGACCUGCCCUAGAGGAAUCACAGUCCAUCUCAUCUUGCUGAGGUGCCUGAAUUAGGAUCCAAGAUUCUUCAGACUUCCUGUGCUCUGGAGAGAGAAAAACAUCCCACAGAGGAGGAUUUGUCCCUUUUCAUCUGAGCAUCUGUUUCUUGUUUCCAUUCUUCUUAAUGCCUACUGCUCAAACUUUGCCUUUAACACCUAAAGCACAUCCAGCAGGAAUUCCUGCUAUUCUGUAUCCUGAAGCAGAAGGCCUGUUAAUACCCUCUUGUACCAAAGAGUCCCAACAGACAGAAGCUUCUUAAAACCUUCUGGGUUUAGCCAGAAAGAAAGGAGCGUUAUUUAAGCAAUAACAGCAUAAUUCUGAAAUACUAUAGGGCUGUUAAAAAGAAGGAUACACAAAAUCUUAAUCCAUGUCUUUUGGAGAGAAGUCUUGCAGAGACCUAUUAUUUUGAAACAUUUCUCUUUUUAUAAUACAUAGUCAAGAAGAGACUUGGUCAGACAUCAUUUGACUUUUGCUAUGGAGCAUGAAGUAGUUGUUUUUUAUUGGUGUCUGAUAGGAGGCACAACAGCUCCUUCCAGCUCUCAGAAUCCUAAAUAAAUAACAACCUCUCACUUACUCCAGCCACUGAAACUGUCAUGAAAUACCUGAUAGCAUUGUCUUAGCAAGAACUGAGGCACUGUUCUGGUUAGGGCAAAUUGCUGAGGAAACUCCAAAAGGGGUCCCUCUAGAAAGGAGAUUCAAGCCCUUCCCUCUACUGGUUUGGGAAAAAUUUCCUUGGAGAAAAGUGGGGAAAAAACUGUUUCUUUAACAAGCAAAGUAUUCACAAGCAUAACAAAAUACUAUUAAGCAAUAACACCUCUCUCUGUUCUGAAGAGAUGGCAAAUUCAGGAAGUCCUUGUUGUGGGGUGUAGCUUGGCUUGCUCAGUCUGUUAUCAGUCCCUCUGAGGCUGGAAAAGGCUGUCCCAGGCCCAGGUGGGCCACAGGUGUGAGUCCCAGUGUUUUCUGGAUUUUCAGUCCAGAGCAGGUUUGAACAGUUCCAAGAAAAAAAAAAAAAAAGUAGCACACAGUCCAGGGGACUUCACUGCCUCAGCUAGCUAAAAAAAUUAACUAAAAAGCAAAGGAGAGCUCUCUCCUGCUGUCUGUCCGUGCUGCAGACAACACAGUCCAGGAGAAAAAAUGCUGAAGCACUCUGUCUCUGUUUUGAAAACAACUGCCUCAGACAUUUCACUGCUUCUCCUUCUCCCCCCACUUCACUCUCAGAUCUAGUUUUAAAGGUGCAAAGCUUAUUUCUGGGCCGAAUAGACAAAUGGGGAUACAAUUCAGCAUCAUAAAGUAACUCUAGGACAGGAAAAAGGCUGUGUGAGCAUACAUGCAAUCAGCCAGCAGCUGCACUAUUGGUACCUAAUAAUUGCUUUCCUCUUGAGAACUUCAGCAAUGCAGAUCCAGAUUUGUUUUUUGAAAUACUUUUUUCAAUAAAUAGGUCUAAUCUAUCUCUCUUCAGCAUCACAUUGAUUUCACUGCUUGAAAACGACAUUAUUUUCUGUUUUGGCUUUUAGGUGAACAGAAGGAGGUUGCUACCAGUGUAUAAAUUUGCAUAUCUGCAUUCUUUUAAUAUUUUUAAAUAAUUUUCCUAGCAAAUCAGUAUGUUUUUGCCUGGGUAAUGUGUGGUUUGGGCUGGGAUGGAGUUAAUUUUCUUUCUAGUAGAUAAUAUGGGCUAUGUUUUGGAUUUGUGCUGGAGAUUGUUGAUAACACAGUUGUGUUCUAGUUGUGGCUGAGCAGUUCUCACAAGGCCUUUUCUGCCCUCACCAGACCCCGCCAGUGAGGGGCCUUUUGGGAGCACAAGGAGUUGGAGGGGACACAGCCAGGACAGCUGGCCCUGACUGACCCAAGGGACGUCCCAGGCCUGGUGGUGUCAUGCUCAGCUGGGGGAGAAGAAGGAAUGGGGGACACUGGGGGUGAUGCUGUUUGUCUUCCCAAGUAACUGCUGCAUGUGAUGGAGCUCUGCUCCUUGGAGACAGCUGCACUCCUGCCUGCCCAUGGGAAGUGGUGAAUGAGCUCCUUCUUUUGAUUUGCUUGUUGCCUAUUAAACUCUCCUUAUUUCAACACAAGAGUUUUCUCACUUUUACCUUUCAGUCUUUCCCCCAUCUGUCGUGGGGGGAAGUAAGUGGGCAGCUCUGUGGUGUUUGUUUGCUGGCUGGGGUUAGACCAUGACAGCAGUUUGAGUUGGCUGCUCCUCAGUCCUGUUAUGUACAGCAUUCUGCAUUAAUCCUAAAUUAAUACUAUAGGGCCUGAGAGAGGAAAAUAGUUGAGAAGGUGGUCUCUUCAGAAAGCAGCAUUUAGUGCUGUUCUCACCUCUCUUUAUCAAAUGGGACAUUGAUUCAAUUGCCCUGUGCUGGUGCUCAGUCACAGGCUUGAGGCAUCUGUUCCUUUUUCUGCUUUGUUUUAGCUUCAGCAGGUUUUUCUGUUGGCAGAGACAGCUUGUGAGGAAAAAAGAUAGUGUCAAUAAGGCUGGUGGUAACGAUUUGUUGGUUAUAGGGGCUAUGCCAAAUCUAAAUGUGCUAGAAUAAAAACACUUGCUUAUUGAGUCAGGCUGUUAACUAGGGUUCAUUUAAAUGCAAACAACAAAGCAGCAAUCCAUUAGCAUCAAGGAAGAUUCGUUUUACUCCAGUAAAGGCUUUGUCACGGGUGUGUCACAGCUCUGGAUCAUCACAAAGGUAGGUCACCUGUCCAGCAGAUGCUCUAAGAAAUCAGUUGCUUUGAAAGGAGUUCAAGUCCUGCUGUGUAUCUGAUUGGCAGUGACAUCAUUUGUGCACUUUGAUUUCAUGCACUGUGCCUUUUCCAGAUGAGGGCAGUCACUUGGCAAACCCAUUAGAGUGAUUCAUGCUAAAUAUUAAUAAGAUAUUUUACAGAUGCUGGAUCAGUCAGAAGAAAACAGCCCAGUGUUUGUAUUUCAUCCUCUGCAGCUGCAGGCUCUGAUUGCAUAGGUAGCCUGACAGACACUGACUUAUUUUGCUCACCAUCAGUUUAAGUUAAUUUUCACAGAAACAGAUCUCUGUUAACAAUCAGUAAUUCAGCAUGCUGCUUCAGCAUGAACAGUUUUGGCUUUCUAUAACAAUCUACCUUCUCCAAGCCAGAGAAAGAAACCUAGAAGUUUCUUUCAAAGCCACAGCAAAAGAAGAAUGUCUGUGUACUGAAUCAAGAUGGAAAUCUUGGAGCACUUCUUUAUUGUCAUGUUGUGUCUAUUAUCCUGUAAAUAUUCUUAUGUAUGGCAGCACAAUUUUUAUGUGUCACUUCUGAACUCUGAGAUAUAUUAAUAAUUUUCCAGAAGGGAUUCAGGAAUCGAGUAGCAAUUUAUCUGGCCCACAAACUGAUGCAGAAACAGUAAGAACUUCAAUAGAACAGAGUUCGCCCUCACAAAGUUUCUCUGAACCUGCUUUUAGCGUUUGCUGUAUGAUAGACUUGAUAGUUAAGGAGUAGUUACAGGUCUUGUGGAGGAACAAUGAACCAUUUGGUCAUUGCUUGGAGAGGAUUUUUCCUUUGUGGUGGGUGUUUGAGGUAGGAGAGAACUGUGUUGGCAGGAGAAGGGGUGUGUUAGCAUGAACAGCCUAAUGCAGCCGUUUUCAGCCAGUCACCUCAAACAUUACCAAGGAAAGCAGAGCAUCCUUACAUAUUUCAUAUAUUGGCCAUUACUCUUCAUUGUGUUUAAGUAAUUCAGUGGCAAGCACUAGCAUAAUUGAUUUUUGAAUUAACUACAGCAAUGGU